UACGUAAUGACACUACCGGCGCUUUCAAGGGCAUUGAACACAUUGCAGAACUCUACGGCGUCCAGCUGCCCGGUCACUACACACGUGCAUUAAGAAAGAAAACCUACAUCUGAUCAACAACAUCAAGGCAUGGAAGGGUACGGGUCAGACUUCUCCUCGGGUGGAGCAGGAGGAAAAAUGGAUUCCGGGGCCAUAAUGGAGCAAGUCAAGGUCCAGAUUGCGGUGGCUAACGCUCAGGAGCUAUUGCAGAGAAUGACAGACAAGUGCUUCAAAAAGUGUAUAGGUAAACCCGGGAGCAACCUGGACAACUCUGAACAGAAAUGCAUAGCGAUGUGCAUGGACCGGUAUAUGGAUUGCUGGAAUACUGUGUCUCGUGCUUACAACUCCCGGUUGCAGAAGGAAAGAUCACGUAUUUGAACUACCUCUUCACCCCAAGCCGUCUCCGAGCAACCACCCCUUGACCUCCAUCCAUGACCUCAACUGACACCAACCCGAACAUGGUUCUAUGUUCUAGGAUGAGGCUCCGAUUGGUGCACUGUGUGUAUUGACCGAAGCAUACCACCAACUUUUGAGAGAAUACCUCCCAGGCAGGCUAUCAACGCUUGUAAAGUCCAGCCUUGGAACUGUUGUGGUGGGCGGUUGAAUUUUAUUUUGUGAACUGCAUAAAAUAUUACUAUUGUUUAAUUAAUUUUUGUUAUUAAAUAUCGUCCUUCUGGUUAAAAAA